AUGGUCAAACGCACGUGUUUGGUGUUCCGUGCACUACUCUACCUGUGCGUUGGUACAAUCCUCACACCAACCGAUGGAGCGCAGGACAUCUUCUCCAUACUGAAACCGGGCAACCCGUUUGGAACGAUCGGACGUAAGAAGCUGUUCGUGACCCGGGUCGGACAGUGUGUGGGGAAGAAAAAUCUACCCGUGUACGUGCCAGAUAUGCGCAUUACGGCAUACAACCGUACCAGCUACGUUGUCAGCGGUGAAGUACACUUCCGGGAGGACAUUCCACACUAUCGACUCUCGGUGGCAAUCAAGCAGUGUGACGAUAUAAGGGCAACGGUGAACUGCCGUCCGUUUCUCAGCAACAUUGUCAAUACGGAUGGUUGUGCACUACUGCAAGCAUCCGGUGCGAUGUAUAACGAGUAUCUGCAGCACUUUCAACCACCGCUCAAGUGUCCAUUUUGGAACGGGACGUAUGUGAUGGGUGCAACGUUGGUAGAUGAUGCGUUGGUGAAAUAUUUACCAGGUUCCGGAAGCACAUUUUGGGAGGUACGAAUGAUGGGACGUGUAAAGGAGCGUUUAAUGUUUUGCGUGGUAAUGCAGCUAAAUGUUCGACCAAAAAAAAUGUCCAAUAAUCGAAACUGA